GUGUUCGUCGUGACUCACAACCACUGAGACGAACUUCCACUUUUUUUUUUAAAUUCCCUAGAAUGUUCUUUGCCCAGACGUCUCGAAAGUCACCAUGAAUGGAAAGUUUGAAACCCACCUGGUCCUUCACUGGCCCCCCUCCUCCUCCUCCUACUCCUCCUUGUGUGUCCCUCAUGUUGUUGUUUCUUCUCUUCUCCUUCCUUUGCUGCAGUUGUUGGUCUCAGGGAGACCGACGGACAGAGAGGGAGGAGAAGACUUCAGGGCUCCUUCCUGGUCAUGUUCCUCCGGAGGAGAAGGCUCGUGUUCGCAGCUGAAGUGGACGUGUAGUUUAUCUAAGGAGACUUCAUUUGUCUUCCUGCAGCCACAGACACCGGAGCAGGACACACAAAGUCGCACAGACGAUCGUCCUCUGAAUGAAAGGGGAUGAUCUUCAGUGCUGGGACAUGCUCCUCCCGUGUGUCCUCUGACCUUUUCACCCCUGAAGCCUGGACAGCGUCCCCGGAGAGGACAGUGUCUGACCUGCGGAUCCCACAGAAUGAGGCCCGCGGCUACCAGCCGGCCACUUCAGCCUCUCUGCCCUGUUUCCUCGGCCCACUGGGCACAAGAGAGAGCAUCCUGCCAGGAAGGCCCGUCUGUCACUCGCACAUCAUCUUCUCACAGUUCUCAGCUUCUCAGGUCACCCAAGACUCUCUGCCACCAGCCUGUAACACAUCUAUUUCAGACAGUAGAAACUAGAUUGGAGGUGAUUCUGGCACACGCACGGUACGACACCUGGCUGAUAGAGAGAACGGACGGAGGAACCAUGGAUGUAGACGUGGAGGGGAUUAUCCUGUGCAUUAAGGAAGGGGAUGAGACCGGUGUUCAGACUCAGCUGCAGGGGUUCAACAAAGAGUACGCCCAGUGCUUCUUCUUCGACGCCGAGGAGCGGGACCGGAGGAAACAAAGAAAACUAGAAGAGUUCAGGAAUAAUAAAGUGAGGGAUUACGCUGAUUCUGACUCCGACUGUGAUGAGGAUAACCAGGAGGAUCGUGGCUUCAUCCUCAGACAGAAUUUAGCCGUUGUCCUCGUGAGGUUUAUUAGAACAGGAGGAAAAUAUCAUCUGCUGAGGGUGUGUUUACGCACCCUGAGGAUCCUUUCCAGGGACAAAAAGAUCUUGGGCCCCUUGGUGACCGACAACGCUCUGCUGACUCUGGCCAAACUAGCGGGGCUGACCACAACCGAUGCCAGCGAUGAAGCCUGCGACCCCGACUCUGAUUUCUACGACAACAUCAUCGCUUCCCUUGCUGAGGCCAAAGUCCUGCACACCCAUGUCGAGGAGGAGGAAGGCGACGCAGAGGCCGAGGCCAACGACCCGAGCGAAAACUGCUCGGCCAUAGACGAGGACGCCAAGAGUGAAGACGGCAUCGUCAACAGCGGGGACGUGGACAGCGUCAGCUUGAUGGGGAGCCACAGGCCCAGCAUCAACGAGAUGCACCGAGGCAGCACCCAUCACAAGGUGCUGGAGCGAGGGAGGAAGGACCGCAGAGAGAGCAAAGUGGAGGGGAUGGAGGAGGAGGAGGACAGGGAGUCGGGAGAGGAGGCUCUGAGGAAAGAGGCCAUGAAGGUGUUGUGUAACGUGGUGUACAACAGCACCUGGGCACAGCAGAGGUUCAGUGCUCUCAGCCUCCUGAGUGGUCUCAUGGAGUGUCUGUCCACCAGUGUCAGCACCUCAUCUCCCUCCAGUGUUCAGUUCUACGAACUACGCCUGAUGUUCCUCAUCACUGCUCUGCGGCCUGAGCUCAGAACUCAGCUUCAGCAGGAGGGCGGGGUGCCUGUCCUCAUAGCGGCCCUGGAGAGCGGCCUGGAGGUGCAGUGGAAGGAGCAGUACGAGUGUGUGCUGCAGCCGGUGGCAAAUCCAAUCUCCCUGGAAGCCUCCCAGCGUGUCAUAGAGAUACUGAAAAUCCUCUUUAACAUCACCUACAGCAGCCACAGACAGGAGCCCAGCGAGGAUAACGCGGCUCUUUACCGACACCUGGUGGCCAUCCUGCGUCUCUGCCUGAUGAGGAAGUGUACGCUGUCAAACGACACUGAUGAGCUGCAGAGUCACACAGUGAACCUGUUGUCAGCGCUGCCCCUCCAGUGUCUCGACGUGUUGCUGGUGGUUCCUCAGGAUCCGGACUCGGAGCAGUGCCCGGGGGUCAACAUGGACUGUGUGCAUAUCCUGCUGACUUUCAUGGAGAGACGCCUCGAGUCGGUUAGGGAUAAGGGUGAUAAAAUCAAAGAGAAGCUGACACCGAUCCUCAAUCUGCUGACAGAGAGCUGCAGGGCCCACAGGGAAACACGCCACUACAUCAGGAAACAUAUCCUGCCUCCUCUGACGGACGUAUCACACCGGCCAGAGGAAGGCUCCACGGUGAGGAAUCGUCUGAUCCGUCUCAUGACUCACCUGGAUACAGACGUCAAACACUGUGCUGCCGACCUCCUCUUCGUCCUCUGCAAGGAAAACGUGAGGCGUUUUGUCAAGUACACAGGUUACGGCAACGCAGCGGGCCUGCUGGCCACCAGGGGUCUGCUGUGCGGCCAGGGGCGCGGAAUGUCCAGCUCUGCCGGCCGCUAUUCCAGCGACUCCGACUCUGACACCGAGGAGUACCGGCAGGUCAAAGAUCGCAUCAACCCUGUGACGGGCCGGGUGGAGGUGGAGCAUUCGGACCCCAUGGAGGGCAUGACGGAGGAGGAGAAGGAGGAGGAGGCCAAGACCCUGAUGAUGCUCUUCAACAAGCUGUCCAGAAGUAACAUCAUCCAGACAAUGGGAGUGGACUCGGAGGGGAAGCUGGUCCCACUGUCGGGCCUCAGGGAGAAUUCGCUCGGUGAGGAGAUGAGGUCUGAGUCAGAGAAUGACGGAGAGGCAGAGGAAGAAAAGAAAAACUGAAACAUGUCAAAUUCCCUUAAUCUAAUUAUUUUCGGUAAAUAUUCCGUUUCUUCAAUUUGAUAUGAAAGUAAAGGGUUUAGGGAACGGCACUCAAGAAAUUAUGUAAAAAUCUAUUUGUGAUUUUAUUUAUUUGAGUUAAUAAGAAGAAGAAUAUAGAACCGUUUUAAGGUCACGGUGGUUUGAGUCAAGAAUUGCAUUCUGAAUUGACAGUAGGUCAUGAUAACAUGAUGAAAAUGUAUAAUAUUUUAAUAAAGUCUUGAAAUCUUA